GUCAAUAACCAAUCGAUCAACGUCUCAUUCGCACACCCGCUACACGCUCUUUUCGUUCUAGAUUCUGAAAAUCAAAGAAAAAAAACUUCUCAUCUGUCUGUGUCCGACUCCAAGUUCAUGAUCUUACAGUUUUAUAAACACAAUAUUUGUGUGAUAAUUUUAUUUUAGAGGAUAGAUUAUGUGAAAAAGGAAGUGAAGAUUGUGAAAGAGGAAGAAAAUCUCGAGAUCUUGUGGGAAAAUCAGUGAUAUUUUGGUUGGAUUUUGAGUUUUAUGGUAGAGAGAGGUAAGGGAAGAUGGAACAGAAGCACAUUUGGUUGUCAGCAUUGAGCGUAGGGGUAGGGGUAGGGCUUGGAUUGGCCUCUGGAAAGACUGUGAGCAAAUGGACUGGUGGUUAUAAUUCUAUGGCAGAAGGCAUUACGGCGGAGAAGAUUGAGCAUGAGCUUCUCAGGAUGGUGGUUGAUGGGAAGGAAAGCAGGGUCACCUUUGAAGAGUUCCCUUAUUAUCUCAGUGAGCGGACACAAGUGCUGUUAACUAGUGCAACAUAUCUUCAUCUAAAGCACUUAGAUGUUUCCAAGCACACCCGGAAUCUCUCGCCAGCAAGUAGGGCUAUACUGCUUUCAGGACCUGCUGAACUUUACCAGCAAAUGCUUGCGAAGGCUCUAGCGCAUUACUUUGAAGCAAAAUUGCUGUUGUUGGAUAUUACUGACUUUUCUUUAAAGAUGCAGAGCAAGUAUGGUAGUGCCAAAAAAGAAUCGUCUUUCAAGAGGUCCAUCUCAGAGGUGACAUUGGGGCGGGUAUCCAAUUUGCUCGGUUCCUUCUCAAUCUUUCCACCAAGGGAGGACAAUGGAGGCACAUUGCGUAGGCAAGGCAGUGGCUUGGAUACUCAAUUAAGGACUGUUGAAGGAGUAAAUAAUGUUCCAAAGCCUCGUAGAACUGCAUCUGUCUCUUCGGAUAUGAGUAGCAUCAGUUCCCAGGGCCCUUCUUAUCCAGUUCCUCUCAAGCGGGUUAGCAGCUGGUCUUUUGGUGAAAAAGUUUUCUUACAGUCACUUUACAAGGUUUUGGUUUCAAUCUCUGAAACCAGUUGCAUCAUUCUGUACAUCAGGGAUGUUGACAGGCUGCUUCUCCAAUCCCCCAGGCUAUACAAGUUGUUUGAUAAAAUGUUGAAGAAACUAUCAGGACCUGUGGUGGUUCUUGGCUCCCGGAUGUUGGACAUAGAUGAUGAUAGUGGGGAAGUGGAUGAGAGACUCAGUUUUUUAUUUCCUUACAAUAUUGAGAUUAGGCCUCCUGAAGAUGAGACUCAUCUUGUCAGCUGGAAAUCCCAGCUGGAAGAGGACAUGAAGACUAUCCAGUAUCAGGAUAACAAAAAUCAUAUUGCUGAGAUACUUGCGGCAAACGAUCUUGAUUGUGAUGAUCUGGGAUCAAUCUGUCAGACUGACACCAUGGUUCUUGGUAAUUAUAUAGAAGAAAUUGUAAUAUCAGCAAUAUCUUAUCAUUUGAUGAAUAACAAUAAUCCAGAAUACCGCAAUGGGAAGCUUGUUAUAUCAUCGAAAAGGUAG